AUGGAAAUGGAAAUGGAAAUGGAAAUGGAAAUGCAAAUGGAAAUGGAUAUGGGAAGUGAAUAUGAAGGAAAUUCUUCUUCUUCUUCAUCAGCAUCAUCAUUCACAGAUGAAACCAUUGGAGAAGAUGAACAACUCAUUCAUGAGCAAGCCAAUGUUGCUGAACUUCCAUUUAUGCCUCAAGCAAUGGAAACACCAGGUGGUGGAAAUACAGUGACUGGUGCUCAUAACUCGACUGAAGUUGUGAUGAACAAUGCCAUUGAAGCCUCCAAUGUGUACUGUUUUCCAACGACAAACCUCCCACCAGAGUUCCGUCUGGAUUUCUCUUCUACAUUUCAACUUCCUCAGAUGGAGCAAGGAAUUUGGAGUGGAUCCUCUUUGGCCAGCACAAACUGGAUUAAUUGGCAGCAUUUUUCUCAGAUAACUACUACACGUGAACCUGCUAUAAAUUUCGGGCCACAGGGUAUCGGAUACCAAGCCCUAUUGAAUCAAGUCAUUGUAUCGGAUAACUUUCAUGUGAAUGAUGAUGUGCCGAGGAUGAUGAAUUGGCAAGAAGACCCAAAUCUUCAUUUUAUGGAGUGGCUGUCAUUAAGGGAAGGCAAUCGACCUCAAAAUGUUGGUGUAUCUGGGGCUUCAAGUUCAAGGCACAAAGCAAUCGAGAACAAGGUGUACGAUCCCUCAUAUGCAGCUAUGGGAUUGCCGGUUGAUCCUCAUCUAAGAAUGUUUCAAGCAAUGAAUGCAAAAAAUAACAACAACAACAAUAACAACAACGACGACGAUUACAGCAACAACAACGAUAACAACAACAACAAUAAUAAUAAUUUGGACGAAGAAGAUGAGAAGGAGAAGAAGGAAGUGGAGGAGAAUAAUUGA